UUGAAAAUGGAAAACUUCCGCAGAUUCAUGGUGGGCCUCGUCGUGAAGCCUGAAUUACCAAAGUCGGAAAUAGAUUUGCGUUUGGACCCACAGAUAAAUCGUUAUUACAAUUACAUUUCCAAUGGGGUCGACACCUUCUAUAUGGCCCAAAUUCACGAGGAUGUUCUGGAGAAGAUAUUAGAUUUAGUUCCGUGCAAUUUGCGGGAUCGAUUCAACUAUUGCACGGAGGAUCUGUUGAAGGAGAUCAAAGACACAUUCACGACGAAUAUCAAGAAAGCGAUAUUGGAGUUCGCACUGCUGAACCCUUUACAGGAAUAUUUACACGAGGAGGAAGGAAGUCACCUGUUAUCCAAAUUAAUGGGUCAGGUUCGUGAACGAAUUGCUAUUUUGCAAAACACUCUGUACCUCAUAAAUCCGUGUAUGAAGAUGACUUUAGAUCAGUGGAUAUACAAAUUUCGAAGUUUUCGACUUGUCGAUAUCGGAAAACUCCUAGAACAGACGGAGAGUUGGAACCUGUUGGAAUUCGAAGCUACGCUUUCCCGUCAAAUUGAAAAGGGUAGGAUUAUUUUGAGGAACUCUUGGUACAGUGGCAUUCAGGAUAUAUUCCUCGUGAACAAUAGGAAGAAUUUAGUUCCAAGUCCUGUGCAACGGUCGCAGUUCAAAAGGUUUUUCGGCCUUGCUGCUAAGAUAAUGGAGAGUCAGCUCCUCUCUCUCAGUAAAAACAGUCUGAAAGACUUCGUGGACUUGAUCGUGCGGAGUCAGCCUGCGAAAUGUAAAUUCCACGUGGACAUAAUAGUCAGCCACGAGACUCUUGGUUUUCAUCCAUCCUUCGAGGAAUUUAAAAUCGUGCUUUGCGGCAUUUUGGAUCGUAUAUGUAAAGCUGUUACGGAAUUUAACACAUUGGAGAUGCAGUUGUAUCUGGAUUGGUCCGGCCCCCUUGAAGUUUUAAAACCGAAGAUAGAGCAUUCCAUAGUGGAGGCGCAAAAGCGGGAGAUCGUCGAUCUAAUCGAUCGAGAAAAAGUCAUUCCGGAGAUGAUGCUGGACGAGCUCAAAGUAUACGAACAUUUCUACAAUAAUGACGAGUACCACGUGAUGAAGAGCUUCGCGAGUGACGAGAGCAAAACGCUGGAGGAAUACGAGGGGAUGAUGAAGCGUUAUCGCUCGCUUAUGGCGAGUAUUCCGGUGGAAAUUGAGAGGGCAGCGUUCACCGGUCUCUUCAAAGUAUCCCGAAAAAUUUUUAUCGAGACGAUCGUUAACAACAUCGAUCAGAUACAGAAUCUUCUUAUCGAUACUCUUGUCAACAAGUACCAGCUCGUAGCAGUCAGAAUCGCAGGAGACUAUGAAGCCAUAGGAGAACAGGCUUUGAGCACUCCUAUCGACACGGCUGCGCUGAUGGAACUCAUAGCUUUUGUCCGGAAGUCCAUAGACGGUUCUUUGAAGCACCUGGAGACUGAUCUCUACAAAAUAAUUCAGUACAUUCUCCUUUUGUCUGACUAUCACGUUCUUACGGAUGCUGAGAUAAACGCUAACAACACCGCGUUCCAGUGGUAUCACAGAAUGCCCGAUGUGCUCGCGGAAAACGAAGUUAUCGUUGCGACUAAGACAGUGGAGUUCCAAGAGGCUUUACGAGUCAGGUACAUCAAGUUCGAGGAAGAGUUGUACUCCUACGCCAAACAAGUGGACGAGAUUGAAAAUUGGGGGGACAUAACGGAGGUCUACAAGUAUCAAAAGAGGGCUCAAACCUUGGAGAACAGACUGAUAGCCGGCAUGGAAAAGAUCGACAAGUUCAACGAGGAGGAAGCUGCGUUCGGUUGGGAAAUCACGCAAUAUCCACGUCGGAAGCAGAUCGCGGAUCAGCUGAAGCCGUUCAAGCAACUGUUCGACGCGAUCUGCGACUUCAUGACUAAACACGAUCUGUGGCUGAACUCGAUGAUCGGCAGCUACAGCCCCGAAGAGAUCGACAACGAUGUUGGAUACGCUUACAGGUUGAUAACGAUGAUUGACUUUAUUGAAACGUUCAGAACGAUUUACAAAUUGGAGAAGACCUUUCAAGAACCAGACCUGAGGAACCUAGCGAUCAGUGUCCGUGAGAAGAUCGAAGAUUUCCGGGAUCGUAUGCCGAUCAUUUUCACGUUGGGCAAUCCGGGAUUGAAAGGCCGCCAUUGGGAGCAAAUAUCGGAAAUCAUCGGUGUUCCCAUCAAGGUGGACGCUGAUCUAACUUUGACGAAGGUCCUGGAAAUGGGCUUGGAUUCGUUGGCCAGCAAGUUCGAGGGGAUUUCGGAUAGCGCAUCGAAAGAAGCUACUUUAGAGAAGGCUAUUGACAGAAUGCAGAAAGACUGGGCGGACUUAGCGUUCACGGUGAACCCUUUUAAGGACACUGGGACUUACGUCAUCGCUGGGGUCGACGAUAUACAACUGCUUUUGGACGACCAUAUCGUCAAGACUGUUACCAUAAAGAACUCACCGAAUAUAAAGCCUUUUGAGAGUAGAAUUCUGGUAUGGGAACACAAGCUGCAUCUGUUACAAGAUAUCCUGGACCAGUGGCUUCGAGUCCAGGCGAUUUGGAUGUACUUGGAGCCGAUAUUCACGUCGCCGGAUAUCCAACAACAAAUGCCGGAAGAGGGACGGAAGUUCUCUGCCGUGGACAAGACCUGGCGCGACAUCAUGAAGACCGUUCACUCGGAUCCUCUAGUUCUCGUUGUCGUCGAGAUCGAUAAGAUGCUGGAAAGGCUGAAGAAGAGUUUCGGCUUAUUGGAGGAUAUUCAGAAAGGACUGAACGAUUACCUCGAAAAGAAACGACUCUUCUUCCCGCGAUUCUUUUUCCUAUCAAACGACGAGCUCCUGGAAAUUCUAUCGGAGACUAAGGAUCCGACACGCGUUCAGCCGCAUUUGAAGAAGUGCUUCGAGGGCAUACACAGGCUGAAAUUCAACGAGGACCAGGAGGUGCUCGCGAUGAAAUCGUCGGAGGACGAGGUAGUGGACCUGGUGGAUAUAAUAUCUACUUCUGCUGCCAGAGGACAAGUAGAGAAGUGGCUCAUCGAAUUGGAAACAAUAAUGAGGCGAAGCAUUCGGCAUGUGGUGCAGCAGGCGAUACGGGCGUAUCCCCGAAAACCGAGGAAGGACUGGGUACUCGAGUGGCCCGGCCAAACGAUUCUUUGCGUUGGAAAAAUGUAUUGGACUCUACGUAUCGAGGAGUUCAUGUUGCAGGGUUCUGCGGGCAUGAACAAGUAUUUCCAGCAAUGCCAGACGGAAUUGAAUGAGGUGAUAUCGCUGAUCCGGGGCAAACUGUCGAAACAGAAUCGUAUUACCCUAGAGGCAUUGGUCACUCUCGAUGUUCACGGGAAAGACGUACUCGCUGAUCUUUGUAAAGAAGACGUGAUCAAGAACACCGACUUCAGAUGGCUUUGUCACCUCCGUUAUUACUGGCUGGAUGAUAACAUGUGGUCUUACAUGAUAAACUCGAAGCUAAGGUACGGAUACGAGUACCUCGGUAAUUCCUCCAGACUGGUGAUCACACCCCUCACGGAUCGAUGUUACCGAACCCUAUUCGGCGCUUUGAGCCUUCACCUGGGCGGCGCACCGGAAGGACCAGCCGGUACCGGCAAAACCGAGACGACGAAGGAUCUAGCGAAAGCUGUUGCGAAACAGUGCGUCGUCUUCAACUGUUCCGAGGGGCUGGACUACCUCGCCCUCGGGAAGUUCUUCAAAGGCUUGGCUUCAUGCGGCGCGUGGUCGUGUUUUGACGAGUUCAAUCGGAUCGAUCUCGAGGUGUUGUCGGUGGUUGCCCAGCAAAUUCUGACGAUCCAACGGGCAAUCAACAGCGGCGCGGAGAGAAUGGUGUUCGAGGGAACGGAUAUCUUCCUGGACCCGACCUGCGCCAUCUUCAUCACGAUGAACCCCGGCUACGCGGGCAGAUCCGAGCUACCGGACAACCUGAAGGCACUGUUCCGCCCGGUCGCCAUGAUGGUACCGGAUUACGCGUUGAUCGCCGAGAACACUUUGUACUCUUACGGCUUCUACAACGGCAGGCCUCUAGCAGUGAAGAUCGUUACCGCAUACAAGCUGUGUUCCGAGCAACUCAGCAGUCAGAGUCAUUACGACUACGGAAUGAGGGCGGUGAAAUCGGUCCUGGUUGCUGCGGGUAACCUGAAGCUUAGAUAUCCGGAACAGUCCGAGGACAUUCUGAUGCUGAGAAGCAUCCUGGAUGUGAACCUCCCGAAGUUUCUCGUCCACGACUUACCCCUUUUCGAGGGCAUCGCCUCGGACCUGUUCCCAGGCGUCAUUUUGCCAACUCCCGACUACAGUCAUCUGAACGCGUGCACGAUGGACGCAUGCGCCGAGGCUAACAUCCAAUGCACGGACGUUUUCCUCGAGAAAAUCCAACAGAUAUACGAGAUGAUGAUCGUUAGGCAUGGGUUUAUGAUCGUCGGUCUGCCGUUCGGAGGGAAAACGUCCGCGUACAGGAUGCUGGCCAACUGCCUCGGCAAGCUCGAGGAACGGAAAUUGAUGGACGAACACCAGGUGGAGAUAACGGUCAUUAACCCGAAGGCAAUCACCAUGGGACAACUGUACGGCCAGUUCGAUCCGGCGUCCCACGAAUGGAGCGACGGCAUCCUGGCUGUUAGCUACAGGGCGUUCGCGUCCUCCACCAACGAGAACAGAAAAUGGUUGGUAUUCGACGGCCCCGUCGACGCGAUUUGGAUCGAGAACAUGAACACCGUGCUGGACGAUAACAAGAAGCUCUGUCUGACUUCUGGUGAAAUUAUUCAACUCUCUCCCACCACGAAUUUGAUUUUCGAGCCUAUGGAUUUGGAGGUCGCCUCGCCCGCUACGGUAUCCAGAUGCGGUAUGAUCUACAUGGAACCGGUCAGCCUAGGCUGGCGACCGCUCUUGAUUUCCUGGUUGAACACGCUGCCAGCCACGUUCACGGAACAUCUGAAGAAUCACUUGUAUGAUAUGUACAUGAGAUUCUGCCCGCCCCUUCUGCAUCUUUUGCGGAGGGGCGGAGUCAAAGAGUUGAUUACAAUGCCCGAUGCUAAUCUGCUGAGAUCGGUGAUGUAUCUGUUCGACUGUUUCCUCGACGAUUACUACAACGAGAAGUAUCUUCAAGCUUUGUCCGAUUUAGAUAUGCGAGCCCAAGUAGAGGGCUGUUUCUUCUUCUCUUGCAUCUGGGCGAUGGGCGGCACGCUCAGCGUGGAUUCCCGUGAAUGGUUCAGCGACCUCUUCAGAGCUCUGAUGGGCAGGGAAUUCCCUGAAGAGGUCAGAGAACGUUUCGAUAUCUCCGAGCAUAUUAAAGAUCCGCCGAAGCCUUACGUGGUGAUCAUUCCUUUGACUGGCCUGGUCUUCGAUUACAAAUACGUCAAAGAGGACAGAGGGAAGUGGAGGCCUUGGCUGGAAGACCUGCAAGACUUGCCGCCGAUUCCCAAAGACAUGCCGGUGAACCAAGUGAUCGUACCGACGAUUGAGACCGUCCGUUAUGUUCACUUGUUCAAGCUCCUCAUCUGUCAUCAUAAGCCUCUCCUCGUGGUUGGUCCGACCGGCACAGGCAAAUCCGUGUACAUCAUGGAUUUCCUUCUCAAGAAGAACGACCCGGAGACCUAUAAACCGUUGUUUGUGAUAUUCUCGGCGCAAACUACCGCCAAUCAGGCUCAAGAGAUCAUCAUGAGCAAACUGGACAGGAGGAAGAAGGGCCUUUAUGGAGCACCACCUGGUAAACAUUGGGUAGCGUUCGUGGAUGAUUUAUCUAUGCCGCAAAAAGAAGAAUACGGAGCUCAACCGCCUAUAGAGUUGCUAAGGCAGUGGCUGGAUCACCGGACCUGGUACGAUCUGAAGGAAAUGUCUCCUCUUGAACUGGUGGACGUUCAGCUGGUGUGCGCUAUGGGUCCUCCAUCCAGCGGUCUGGACGUCACGCCGAGAUUCAAAAGGCAUUUCUUCGUUCUGGGCAUAUCGGAGUUCUCCGACGACGUUUUAACCACUAUAUUCAGCACUAUAGUCACAUGGCACCUGAACAGAAGAGAGUUCCCGCACUUCUUCCAGACUUGCGUUAGUUACAUUGUCGAUGGAACGUUGGAAGUUUACAAGGAAACCAGGAAGUAUCUUCUGCCGACUCCGGCCAAGUGUCACUACUUGUUCAACCUGCGGGAUUUCUCAAGGGUGGUCCAGGGAGUGCUGCUCUCCGUGCCUGAAACCGUUAAAGAGCCGGUUAGCAUGAAGCGGUUAUGGGUCCACGAAGUGCUUCGCGUUUACGGAGACCGACUGGUAGACGACACGGACAUUAAGUGGCUCGUCGACCAGAUACGAGUCACCGUGUCCACUUACCUGGAUGACGACCUAGAUCGUAUGUUCCAAGACCUGCUGAAGGAUAACCAAGAAUCGGUGACGGACAUGGAACUUCGGAAUCUAAUUUACUGUGAUUUCCAAGAUCCCCUGGCCGACAGGAAAUUAUAUAUAGAGGUUCCUAACUUGGAUGAUCUCACUGCGGUGGUUGAAGAGUAUCUAACGGAAUACAAUUCAAUUUCAAGGACACCGAUGAAUUUAGUCCUCUUCAGGUUUGCAGUCGAGCAUCUUUCGAAGAUCUGCCGAGUGAUGAUGCAGCCCCGUAGCCACGCCCUUUUAAUCGGCGUGGGUGGGUCGGGUCGUCAGUCUCUAACAAAAUUAGCCGCGCACAUCUCGGAUUAUGAGCUGUUCCAAGUAGAGAUGUCCCAGCAAUACAGCACGUAUGAGUGGCACGAGGACUUGAAGAACAUUCUGAGGAAGAGCGCCGCGAGCGAUUUGCACACGGUGUUCCUGUUCAUGGACACCCAGGUCCGCGAGGAGACGUUCCUCGAAGACAUAAGCAACCUGCUGAACUCGGGCGAGGUGCCGAACAUAUUCGCCGCGGACGAGAUGACCGACAUCUGCGAGAAGAUGAGGGUGAUCGACCGGCAGCGAGACAGGUCAUUACAGACUGACGGCAGCCCGAUCGCGUUAUUCAAUUUCUUCGUGCAGACGGUGCGCGAGCAUCUGCACGUGGUCGUCACGAUGUCACCGAUCGGCGACAAUUUUCGCGUCAGAAUCAGGAAGUUCCCGGCUCUGGUGAACUGUUGCACCAUAGACUGGCUGCAGAAGUGGCCGGAGGAUGCUCUGCUGGCUGUCGCCACCAAGUUCUUAGGCGAGAUCGAUCUGACGAUAAAGGAACGCGACGCCUGCAUCGAGAUGUGCCAGUUAUUCCACACGUCCACGCAGGACCUGUCUCUGGAAUUUCUGCGUAAAGCGAAGCGGCACAAUUACGUCACCCCGACUUCCUACCUCGAGCUCAUCAAGACCUUCAAGGACUUACUCAUGAGGAAGAGAAAGGACGCGCUCGAGGGGAAGAGGAGAUAUGAAGCGGGUCUGGAAAGGUUGGACAGCACUCACAAGCAGGUGGAAAAGAUGCAAGAGAUCCUAGUCGCGCUGCAGCCGAAGCUACUCGUCGCUGCUAAAGACGUCGAGGCCAUGUUCCUUGAUGUGCAAAGGCAGAACGACGAGGCGGUUGCCAUUGAGCAAGUCGUUAAGCUGGACGAGGAGGCCGCUAUGAUCGUCGCGAGCGAGGCGGACGCGAUCCGAGCGGAAUGCGACGCAGAUCUACAAGAAGUGAUGCCGAUCUUGAACGCGGCGAACACCGCGUUGAACACCUUGACCCCGCAGGAUAUUCAAAUAGUACGGUCCAUGAAGCGUCCGCCGGCCGGAGUUCGACUGGUCAUGGAGGCGGUUUGCAUCCUGAAGGACGUGAAACCGGACAAAGUUCAAACACCGGAUGGUACGGUGGAGGACUAUUGGAAAGCAUCUUUGCGGAUGCUGAGCGACAUGAGGUUCCUCGAGAGCUUGCUGACCUUCGACAAGGACAACAUACCGGAGAAGAUUAUAUCGAAGAUCCGCUCGACAAUCCUGACGAAUCCGAACUUCGACCCAGAGAGGAUCAGGCAGGUGUCGAAUGCGUGCGAGGGCCUUUGCCGUUGGGUGUUUGCAUUGUCCGAGUACGAUAAAGUGGCGAAGGUCGUCGCGCCGAAAAAGCAGGCGCUGGCCAAAGCCGAGUCCGACUAUUCCACGGCGAUGGCGCAGCUCAGCCUGAAAAGGAGCCAACUGCAGGAAGUGCGCAAAAGACUGGAGGAGCUGGAGGAGCUUCUGUCGCAGCGGAGGGCGGACUACCAGGCGAUGACUGACGAAGUGACCGAGUGCGAGGAGAAACUGAGGCGGGCCAAAGAGCUGAUUGGCGGCCUGGGCGGGGAGUACACCAGGUGGUCGGAAACGGCGGCAGCGCUCGGCGAGCUUUAUCACAAGCUGACAGGAGACGUGCUAAUCGGGUCCGGCGUGGUAGCUUACCUGGGCGUGUUCACCGCUCCGUACAGGCAGCGGCAGAUCGAAAACUGGAUCGGGAUCUGCAUCGAUUUGGCCGUUUACUGCACGCCUGACUAUCAGCUCGCUCAAAUCCUCGGCGAUCCGGUGCUGAUCAGAUCAUGGAACAUUUUCGGGCUGCCCAGCGACCUUUUCUCGAUCGACAACGGGAUCAUCGUCGCAAACUCGCGACGCUGGCCGCUGAUGAUCGAUCCUCAAGGACAGGCGAACAAGUGGGUGAAGAACAUGGAGAAAGAGGCGAACGUCAACGUGAUCAGAUUAUCUCAGCCUGAUUACAUGAGGGUCCUGGAGAACGCCGUGCAGUUCGGCCAGCCUGUUAUACUGGAAAACGUCGGCGAGGAAUUGGACGCUGCUCUUGAGCCGCUCCUGAUGAAGCAGACGUUCAGGUCCGGUGGCACUACGUGCAUCAAAAUCGGUGACUCGGUUAUCGAGUACUGCGACGGCUUCCGAUUCUAUAUCACAACUAAGUUGCGCAAUCCGCAUUAUCUGCCGGAAGUGGCGGUGAAGGUCACUCUGAUGAAUUUCAUGAUCACACCGACCGGCCUCGAGGACCAGCUCCUUGGCAUCGUCGUGGCGAAAGAGCGGCCCGACCUUGAGGCUGAGAAGAAUCAGCUGAUCGUACAGGGAGCCGCGAACAAAAAAAUGUUGAAGGAGAUCGAGGACAAGAUUUUGGAGGUUCUCUCCACGUCCGAGGCGAACAUUCUCGAGGACGAGAGGGCGAUCAGCGUCUUGAGCUCCUCGAAGCAGCUCUCCGACGAGAUACUCGCGAAACAAACAGCCGCGGAGAUAACUGAGAAGUCCAUCGACGUGGCGAGAUUAGAGUACACGCCGAUCGCUGUGUACAGCGCGGUCCUUUUCUUCACGAUAGCGGUCCUGGCGAACAUCGAUCCCAUGUAUCAGUACUCGUUAACCUGGUUCGUGAAUCUCUUUAAAAACACAAUCGACAACACGGAGCCGGUGGAGGACAUAAAGCAACGGCUCCGGGACCUGACCAGAGAGUUUACUUACUCGUUGUAUGUGAACAUAUGCCGUUCGUUGUUCGAGAAGGACAAGCUCCUGUUUUCGCUGCUGCUCUCGGUGAAUCUAUUGAACAAGCGCGGCGAGAUCUCGAUGCCUCAAUGGAUGUUCCUGUUGACCGGCGGCGUGGGCCUCGAGAAUCCAUUCGCUAAUCCCACGCAAUGGCUGCCAUCGAAAUCCUGGGACGAGUUGUGCCGUUUGGACAAUGUCCCCGGAUUCGAGGGGUUCAAAGAUUCCUUCACGAAGAACGUGGACGCGUGGAAGGUCGUCUUUGAUCACAUGGAGCCUCACGCUUUACAUUUCCCCGCUCCUUACGAGCAACUCAACCCUUUCCACAGAAUGCUCGUGCUACGAUGUGUUCGUCCUGACAAACUCGUGUCAGCCGUGCAGGGAUUCGUCGAAGAGCAAUUAGGUUGUCAGUACGUUGAGCUGCCUCCCUUCGAUCUUCUGUCGUCGUUCACGGACUCGUACUCCUGUGUCCCGUUGAUAUUUGUCCUGACACCUGGCGCCGAUCCCAUGGCGAUUCUGUUGAAAUUCGCGGACGACCAGGGCUUCGGCACCAGCCGACUGUUCUCCUUAUCUUUGGGUCAAGGGCAGGGCGUGAUCGCCGCCCAACUGAUCGACGAAGGGGUAAAGAACGGCACCUGGGUAGUUCUGCAGAAUUGUCACCUUGCCAAGAGCUUCAUGCCCCAAUUGGAGAAGAUCUGCGAAAGCUUCACCCCGGAAACCGUGCAUCCCGAUUUUCGGCUGUGGCUGACCAGUUACCCCGUGGAUCAUUUUCCCGUCAGCAUCCUUCAAAACGGCGUCAAAAUGACCAACGAGCCGCCGAAAGGACUGCGAGCGAAUAUAACCAGGUCUUUCCUUCAGGAUCCAAUAUCCGACGACGAAUUCUUCGAGACGUCGAAGCAGAAGGAACCGUUCAAGAAGCUGCUGUUCUCCUUGUGCUUCUUCCACGCCAUCGUCCAAGAACGCAGAAAGUUCGGCCCGAUUGGCUGGAAUAAUCAAUACGAGUUCAACGAGACCGAUUUGAGGAUCAGCGCGCUGCAAUUGAAAAUCUUCUUAGAUCAGUACGACGACGUGCAGUUCACCGCUUUAAAAUACUUGACAGGCGAAUGCAAUUACGGUGGACGCGUGACGGACGAAUGGGACAGGCGAACUUUGAAUACCAUCCUCGCGAAAUUCUACUCGUUCGAGCUGCUCGCCGAAAAGAAAUACUUGUUCGAUCCGAGCAGUCUCUACUACGUGCCCGAUGCCGUGACACGCGACGAUUUUCUCGAGUACGUCAAGUCUUUCCCGAUGUCCACGGCUCCCAGCGUGUUCGGCAUGAACGAGAACGCAGACAUCAUCAAGGAUCAGCAGGAGACCACGUUGAUGUUGUCCUCCGUGCUGGCGACGCAGGUAAAGUCCCAUCGGAUACGAUCGUCGCCCGACGAGACCGUCUACGUGGUGGCGUCUGAUAUUCUGUCAAAGUUGCCGGAGGACUUCGAUCUCGUCGACGCGCUCGUCAAGUAUCCGACGUUAUAUAAUCAAAGCAUGAACACGGUGCUGGUACAGGAAAUGGGAAGAUUCAACAAGCUUCUGCAAACGAUCAGGAAUAGCCUCAUAAAUGUUCAGAGGGCGAUCAAAGGUCUGGUGAUCAUGAACCCGGCCCUCGAGGAGGUCUACACGUCGAUAAUCACUGGAAAGAUACCGAGCGUGUGGAUGAGGAACUCCUAUCCGUCCUUGAAGCCGUUGGGCAGCUACGUUCAGGACUUCCUGAAGAGGCUCGCCUUUCUUCAGUCAUGGUACGAUGAAGGACCACCAAGCACUUUCUGGAUCUCCGGUUUUUAUUUCACCCAGGCAUUCCUCACCGGAGCCCGACAAAACUACGCGAGAAAGUACUCGAUACCUAUAGAUCUUCUGAUCUACGACUUUCUACCGUUGAAAGACACCAGCUUUCCCGAACCGCCGGCCGACGGUGUCUACGUUUACGGUUUGUUCUUGGACGGAGCCCGGUUUAACACGAAAACGAUGAAAAUCGACGAGUCGUUGCCGAAAAUUCUGUACGACACGGUUCCUCACAUCUGGCUGAUACCGGCGAAAAGGGAUGAAGUGCCGGAGAGGCACACGUACACCUGUCCUGUGUACAAAACUGCGGAGAGGAAGGGCGUUCUGUCGACGACCGGCCACUCGACGAACUUCGUGAUCGCCAUAUGGCUCCCGACGGCGCAUCCGCCGGAACACUGGAUUUUGCGAGGCGUAGCCAUGCUCUGCCAAUUGUCCGAUUAA